AUGGCUACCCAAAUUCUUAGAUGGAAAAGUAGAAAAGAUAAGGAAAAGGCAGAGAGGCAUGCCAAAGUCCCAAGAUAUGGAAGUGCGACAGAGAGUGAUUCUGAGGCUUCUGAUGGAUUUGAAUAUGUUGUGGAGGAAGUGAACACCAGUGACCUUGAAUCUGAUGCUGCAGAGAAUAAACGCAAUAUGGAUGCUUAUCAUGAUGGGAUAUUGAAGAGACGAUUCGAGUAUGAACUUGCCAAUCCCAAAAUCUUUGCACGCACCAUGAGUGAAGGUGAUCCAAGCAAGGUAAGGGUAAGCAAACGAAUUUCCAUGGUAGAUGAUGAGGAAACUGAGAGUGACGAGGAUGGAGAAGAUGAGGACAGUGAUGAAGCAUCGUCAUCCAGUGGAACAUCACCUGCUUCAUAUGAAAGUGAUGAUGGUGAACGUUAUGAAGAUGAAGGACGGGAUACUGACGAAGAUGAUUGGUGGUAA